CUUGGACGCAGAAAGGAUAUAGGUGAUGGGAUUGGGGUUCUGUACCAGCAUUCGUGCGUAAUUACAUCCAAGAUUUCCCGUCCACGACAAAUGGUGUUCCUCAAGUGUUCCUGUUAUCGGUGUGUGCCCACUCGCUGCUGUCAGACGCUGGUAAUGCGGAGCGUGAGGAAAAGCCAGUAUCUUCGCACUUUGCUUACUGAGUUUUACCCUGCGUGAGCAUGUCGGAUGCGAUGGUCCUGGAGCCUGCAGACUUAGCCUAAUGCCGAGGUAGAUUACCCACGUGACCUUAUCGAUAGUACGCAAAACGUCAUCUCUCGGAUUGGUCACGGACUGCAUGUCUCUAACACCGACGCAAUUACUUCUACGCUGCUUCCUAAUGAGCUUGCUCGCCUAUUGUAUCAGGCAAUCUACAAUUAGAAUCUCUGCUCGAUCCAUUGCCAAAGUAGAUUGCGCCCCGACUGCAUCCCGCGCCAUGCAUAUCCAAUCGAUUCCCAUGUGGGAAGGGACGGGCAACAACUACGCCUACCUUGUGACCGAUGACAAGUCUAAGGAAUCAGUUAUCAUUGACCCUGCAAACCCGCCUGAAGUCCUGCCCGUGUUGAAAGAGAAGAUUGCCAGUAGCGCGAUCAAGCUUUCGAAGAUAAUAAACACUCACCACCACCAUGACCACGCAGGAGGUAACUCUGAGAUCCUCAAGCACUACAAGCUCCCAAUCAUUGGUGGAAAGGACUGCACCCAAGUGUCGGAGACUCCAGCACACAAGUCGCAGUUCACGAUAGGCGAGAGCAUCAAGGUGACUGCGCUUCACACACCAUGCCACACCCAGGACAGCAUUUGUUUCUACUUCGAGGACGGAACUGACCGUGCUGUGUUCACCGGCGAUACUCUCUUCAUCGGUGGUUGCGGUCGCUUCUUCGAGGGCAAUGCAACUGAGAUGCACAAAGCGUUGAACGAGGUCCUCGCAGCUCUUCCAGACGACACCAAGGUCUACCCAGGGCAUGAGUACACAAAGGGCAACGUGCGAUUUGCCAAGAAGGUGUUGGACAAUGAGGCCAUCCGAAAGCUUGACGAGUACUCCCAGGCAAACAAGGAGACCCAAGGCAAAUUCACCAUUGGCGAUGAGAAGCAACACAAUGUCUUUAUGCGCGUGAACGAUCCCGACAUUCAAAAACUCGUCGGCAAAGGCGAACCGGUUGAAGUGAUGAAGAUGCUCCGCGAGAUGAAAGAUCGGUCUUGAGGAAUUAAUAGGCACGGCCUUGCUCGGUUUCGCAUGCAGUAAUAGAAAUUUUAAUGUGAAAAGCGGACUUUCACUGAC